CUUUCCUCCAACCCAACAUCACGGUAUCGCCGCAAACAUGGGCACGGACAAGGGCGCCGACAAGGAGCUGUACAAGCUCGAGCUUCUGUCGCUCGUCUCGCGCGUCUCUCAAGACAUCCUCAACGAGACGCGCGUGCAGGACAAGACCGUCGCCGAGUUUGUCAUCGCCACGCACGAGAAGAGCAAGGGCAACUAUGCUGAAUUUGUUAAGGCGCUGCAGCAGUUCGGCGCGAACUUCAGCGACAGCUUCAUGAAGAGCCUCGACCGUACCAUCGUUACCCAGCACCCAAAAUACAAGCGCAAGGCGGCAAAGGCGAAGGCGAAGGCUUUGGCAGGCAAGGAUCUCGGCGAGGAAGCGCAGACGGCCAAGGCGCUGCAAGCGCGCAAGUUCCCGGGCCUCGCGAUGCCCGACCAAGGAUGGAAGAGCGAGGACGAGUACCUGCGUGAACGCACCGCCAAGGAGGGCGCCGAGGUCCUGCCCGACUUCUCGAUGGACAACACCAUGAAACAGCUGGAAGCUACGGCUUCGCGGCGCGGCAGGCCAGGCGCCGACGACUACAUGGAUGGGGAGCCUAGUGCCAAGCGGCCACGAAACGACUACGGAGAUCGGGACCGUGGUUACGACCGGGAUCGUGAUCGCGGGCACGAGCGAGACAACGGGUACGCGGGGCGCGACAACGGGUGGGAAGGCCGUGGCGGCGCACCUCACGACGCGAGGGACUCGAGGGAAGAAAGGCGCGGCCGGCCAGGCCUGGACGACCGGCCGCUGUUGUACAAGAUCUACAACGGCACUGUCAGCAAUGUGCGCGACUUUGGCGGAUUUGUCCAGCUUGAGGGCGUGGCCGGGCGGCAAGAGGGGAUGGUACACGUGUCCAACAUCACCGGCGCAAGGCUCGAGACCGCCAGCGAGGGGAUGCAACGAGGGCAGCGCGUCAAGGUCAAGGUCAUGUCCAUCGCUGGGUCUAAGAUUGGGCUAAGCAUGAAGGACGUCGACCAGAAGACGGGCGAGGAUCUCUCGCCACACAUGCGUGAAAGAUCGGCGAGCGAGAUGGAGGCCGACCGGCAUCGCAUGGCGGCGCGGAUAGGCACUGGCGCCAACGCCGCGCCAUUGCACGGGCGCGACGAGCCUGAACCUUUGCCCACGGAGCGGCGAGUCACGGGGAGCGCGAAGCGGCUGUCUAGUCCCGAGCGAUUUGAAAUCAAGCAGCUCAUCGCGUCGGGCGCCGUCAGCGCCGCCGACUACCCAGAUCUGGACGACGAUUUCAACAACCCCGACCGCGAGGAGGUGGAGGAGGAUGUUGACAUCGAGGUCAACGAGAAGGAGCCGGCAUUCUUGGCUGGCCAGACAAAGGUGACACUCGAUAUCUCUCCGAUCAAGAUCAUCAAGGCGCCAGACGGGUCGCUGAACCGUGCCGCGCUUGCUGGUGGCGAGCAGGCGCGUGAACGAAGGGAGAUUCGCCGCCUUGAGGCAAACGACGAGAUGGAUAAGCAGGCUAAGAAUGUCACGCAGCCAUGGCUUGACCCCAUGGCGCAGGCCGGUGAACGGCAGUUCGCAUCCGAUCUGCGUGGCCAGCAGCAGACCAAGCUUGCUAUGCAGCAGCCUGCGUGGAAGUCGGCCAACAAGGCAGUCACGUAUGGCCGCAUCACGGACCUCAGCAUCGAGGAGCAGCGCCGCUCGCUGCCAAUCUACAAGCUGCGCGACCAGCUCGUCAAGGCCAUCAAGGAGAAUCAGAUCCUGGUUGUCGUCGGUGACACAGGCUCGGGCAAGACAACACAGAUGGCGCAGUACCUCGCCGAGGAGGGAAUGCUUGAGCAUGGACGCCUUGGGUGCACGCAGCCACGAAAGGUCGCCGCUGUGUCCGUCGCCAAGCGUGUGGCUGAGGAGGUCGGAUGCCGCCUGGGUGGCGAGGUCGGAUACACUGUGCGUUUCGAAGACGUCACAUCGCCCGACACCAAGAUCAAGUUCAUGACGGACGGCAUGUUGCUGCGUGAGCUCCUGGUGGAUCCCGACGCCACGAGGUACAGUGUCAUCAUGCUGGACGAGGCGCACGAGCGCACGAUUGCCACCGACGUCCUCUUCGGCCUCAUGAAGAAGGCAUGCAAGAGACGGCCUGAUCUGAAGCUCAUCUGCACAUCAGCAACGCUCGACGCUGAGAAGUUCGCCAAGUACUUCUAUGGGUGCCCGAUUUUCACGAUCCCAGGCCGCACAUACCCCGUGGAGGUGCUGUAUACAAAGGAGCCCGAGAGCGACUACCUCGAGGCGUCGCUCAUCACGAUCUUGCAGAUCCACCUGAUGGAGCCGCCGGGAGACAUCCUUCUCUUCCUCACAGGACAAGAAGAAAUUGACACAUCGUGCGAGAUCUUAUACGAACGAGUCAAAGCGUUAGGACCGUCGGUACCCGAAUUGAUCAUUCUUCCGGUGUACGCGGCGAUGCCGAGCGAGAUGCAGUCGCGCAUCUUCGACCCCGCGCCGCCUGGUGCGCGCAAGUGCGUCAUCGCGACCAACAUCGCCGAGACGAGUGUCACCAUCGACGGCAUUUACUAUGUCAUUGACCCGGGGUUCUCGAAGCAGAACGCGUACGACCCCAAGCUAGGCAUGGACUCGCUUAUCGUCACGCCGAUUUCGCAGGCGCAGGCGCGGCAGCGUGCCGGGCGCGCCGGGCGAACGGGCCCGGGCAAGUGCUACCGCCUGUACACCGAACUGGCGUUCCGCAACGAGAUGCUGCCGAACCCGAUCCCGGAGAUCCAGCGCACCAACUUGGCGGCGACGAUUCUCACGCUCAAAGCCAUGGGCGUGAACGACCUCAUCCACUUCGACUUCAUGGACCCGCCGCCGGCAGCGACGAUGUUGAUGGCGCUUGAAGCACUGUACGCGCUGGGCGCCCUCGACGACGAGGGUCUACUCACGCGCGUGGGCCGCAAGAUGGCCGACUUCCCCCUGGACCCGCCGCUGUCGAAGAUGCUCAUCAAGAGCGUCGACUACGGCUGCUCUGAGGAGGUGCUCACGAUCGUCGCGAUGCUCCAGAGUGGCGGGCAAGUCUUCUACCGACCGAAGGACAAGCAGGCGCAAGCGGACGCGAAGAAGGCCAAGUUCCACCAGCCCGAGGGCGACCUGCUCACCCUGUUGGCGGUGUACAACGGCUGGAAGAACUCCAAGUUCAGCAAUCCCUGGUGCUUCGAGAACUUUGUGCAUUCGCGCGCGAUGAAGACGGCCCAGAAUGUGCGCAAACAGCUUGUCGGCAUCAUGGACCGGUACAAGCACGACCUGGUGUCGUGCGGCACCGACUUCAACCGCGUGCGCCUGGCGAUCUGCAGCGGCUUCUUCCGCAACGCCGCGAAGAAGGACGCGAUGGAGGGGUACAAGACGCUCGUGGAGGGCACGCCGGUCUCGAUCCACCCCUCGUCCGCGCUUUUCCAGCGCCAGCCGGAAUGGUGCAUCUACUACGAGCUUAUCCUCACCGCAAAAGAGUACAUGCACCAGGUCACGGUCAUCGAGCCCAAGUGGUUGCAGGAGGUCGCGCCGACGUUUUUCAAGGUCGCGGACGCGAACAAGAUCUCCAAGCGCAAGCAGCAGGAGAAGAUCGAGCCCCUGUUCGACCGCUUCGCGGAGAGCAAGGACUCGUGGCGUCUCAGCAAGCAGAAGCGGCCCGUGCACAACUCACAGAGCUUUUCGAAUAAUUAGACGUGCAUGCAUGUGUGUUUUAGGCAGC